AUGAAGGUCCGCGUGCCUGAAGACCGCCGCAGUCUUGAGCUGACGGAAGGUGCGUUGGAGGUCUACAAUGAUAUCGUGCAGGCCAAGGACGAAGACCUCCUUCACGUCUUGCAGCGCAUCGACGACGUCCCGCGCUCGCGCCUUUUGUUCGCGUUGAUGAAUACGGAUGAUUGCGACUUGAUGCUGGCCGUGGUGCAUCUCCUCGCCACUCUGGGGCGCCAUCGCGAGAUUGACGAUCGUGACCUGGACGCCCUUCUUAUUGCUCGCUUGCAAUGUCUGGCCAAGAAAUGGGGGCGUGGCGGUCAUACCCACGUUUUAGUGGACAUUUGCUUGAAGCCGACGGAUGAGUUUCCCGAGGGCGUCUCGGAUGCACAGAUGGACCUCUUCAUCAAUCAAGGAGACGACCCCACGGACGCGGCUCGUCAGGGACCCCUCAGCAUCCGGCGCCCGAACCUCGAUGCAGACCCACGACCAACGCGCAAACUCUUCGAGGACUGCUUGGCUGACUUCAAAGUGCCGCCCAAGUACCAUUUUGAGCUUCUUUUCCAGUUGCUAGUUCGACACAACUUUCACAGACUCGAGGAGCGCCGCAAACUUCUCCAAAUUCACAUCCUGGCAACCAGCGCCUUGGUUAUGUGCUCGGCCAACGGCGGCUACGAUGCCAGCGGUAUCGCAGCAAAUUACGCCGCCAGUCCCUCCUCUGGGGUCUCGGAACUCGUUGAGAUGCUUGGCAACAACGACAUUCCAGCCAUCAUUCGAGUGGCAGGCUUUCGCCUACUGCAGUCCCUGAUUCAGGCACAAGUGGCUGCCGAAGCGGUACUCACAGAGUGUGGCGUGGGUCAAUCGCACGGCUUGAUCCCCACCCUUUUGAGGCAGAUGAACGAGCGCCUCUCACCCUCGGAGGGUAGCAAACAGGCCGAACCCCUCGAUGAUCCGAUCGAGCAGCGCUUCUAUCUCGGUGUCCUUUCGGUCGUGCAACUGAUUGUGGCCUUUCCUCGUGGUGGUCAGAGCUUUAUGCGCUCUGGCGUACUCAGAACCCUCUCCAAUAUCCUCAAGAACCCAGUGAAUGUGAAGUUCGCCACCCGUGCAGCGCGCACGAUUGAGAGCAUCCUGCACAUUGCCAGCGUGGAUCGCCAUGGACCUGAACUGGUGGAUACGCGCAUCUUUGAGUCCACUCUGGAGACGAUUCAUCAACAGGUGCUGGCUGCCGUCGGCACGGUCGAAGAUGACCACCUGCGCCGUUCCGUAUCCCAUGUCAUGCACCAAGUCAUGGAUCAAGUGGCGCCCGAGACUCCAUUGGAGAAGAGCACUCCUGCAGCGCAGGGCAGCGCAAUCCUUCAAAGUCAAGCGGCCAUCCCGCUGUCUGCAGAGCGUAAAUCACUUCUCAAGAUGCUUUUGCGCCUGCAUUCUCAGUUGGGCUUUCGGCAACCUUUUGCCACGCUACAGCGCAACGCGCUAAGCGGCACCCUUUUGGCCGACUUUGAUGCCAUUCUCCGUAACGAACAGGCCUUUGGUACCCCGGUUUGGUGCCUCGUCACGCGCUGGCUGAUUGACUUUGCUAAUGCAGAACCCAAUCUCGUUUCAGUACUUCAGGAGUCGGGUAUGCUUGAGACUGUGCUGGAUGUCAUUCGUGAGCGACGCAUCCCUGCCUCUGCGGAUGCCAUCGUCAGCUUGCCCUCGGUGCUCUCAUCCCUGGUCCUCAAUGGACAGUUGCUUGACGUGCUGGAGGAGGCCCGUCCUUUUGAUGCGAUAAUCGAGCUCUUCACGCAGGAAAAGUACCGCGUUUGUCUUGGUGGUGAUAAUGCAAGCGCCGUGGGCGCCGCCCUGGACGAACUCUGGCGUUACCAACCGCGUUUGCGUCCCGCGGGCAUGGCCGCUCUGCAGACGCUUCUUGACAACUUGAUCGCCAAGGGACGUGAUAGCGGGCAGUACCUCAUCACCCCGGGUUCAGAUGCGGGGUUGAAGCGUAUGCGUAAGACUCGUCUCGAGGAAGGCCUCACAGAGCAAGAGCUCGGUCGCUGGCCAGAGGACGGCUCACCUACUCCUAGCACGGCUAUGGAGGUGGACAGUGGUCCUUCCCCGGCAGUCGCCUCUGCUUCAUCAUCAACUGACACGCGCACCCAUUUGCCCCUGUUGGAUUACAUGGCCAACGCUGCUCACUUGAUCGAUGCGAUGCAAAGCAGCAGUCCGCACGAUCAUCACACCAGACAUCUGGCCCAGGCCGACGUGGCAUCAAAGCUCAUGGAGCUUCUGACCUUACCCACCUUGCCGUACGAUCUGUACGAGUCGUCUUGCUUCAAAGCCGUAGUUUCAGCAGCGACUCUCUCGGCCAAUCAUCCCGACUACGACUCAGCCGCGCUUCAUGAAGCGUUCAACCGAGAGGUGACGGCCAUGGAUGAGCGCUGUGCUGAGCUCCUCAAAACUCCUAGCAACCACCUGGUGCCCAACAUUCUACAGAGCUUUGAGUCUUGGCAGCUGGCUUGGACGCGGCUACUGGCCUAUCUACAGCUCUAUUCGAGCAUUGUGAACAGUCGCCCUGCCGCGCGAGACCACUCCGAGCGACAUUCUGCACUCUGGGCCAAGUUGAUGAAUAUGGGCAUCAUGCCACGUCUAGGCCGAGUCAUCAAUGCAGCGAGUUGCCUAACAUCAGCGGCCCGCCGCGUGUAUGUUCCUUUCCAGCUGCGGACCAAGCACUUGAAGCUGCGAGCUGAACGAGAGGCCUUGCUCACGCCAGGCACACAGUACUUGGACAUUUACCGGCUGUUUGGCUUGGCUGAUCUCUUGAAACACGCUCGUAGCUUUUACGUCAAGUUUCUGGAGCGAUCCCUGUCGCAAACACGUGCGCGUCACCUCAUGAUGAGUCGCCGCCGUCCUUCACAAGACAAAAACGAGGGCGUCAUGUCUUUUGUGAUUGAACAUGCCGUCAACAACCUGCAAGGCUGUGUCACGGCCUUGCAAGACUCCCCAUCUCUGCGCCACCUGGACAGUCUGCACCAUUCCAUUCUUGUGGCUCAAGAGUUGAUUUUUACCUUUCGCUCAGGCCAGAUGCAAUCGGAGGAUCAGCGUGCACUUCAGCUUUUUGCCGAAAUAGGGGGUUUCCGUACUGCUAUGAGCUGUCUGACGUCCCUUGUCCAGCUCUUUGGGCAAAGCGUACCUGAUCACUCGGGCCUAUCACAGCCUGACCCGGACUCCACGUAUGUGCCCAACCCGCGAUUCGGUGUGGCGGACUGGCCGACAGACGUUAAGGUGCGGGUUGAGGUACAUCCCCACCCCCUGCGUCUGAUGGACGCCAUUCGCGUGCAGCCGACAUCUUCUGGAGCCUGGCGCUGUGAUCUCUGCGAUACGAAUCGCAAUGAUCGCUUUGCUUGGCACUCAGAGGUGCAAAACUACGACCUCUGUGCCUGGUGCUUUCAGCGUGGCGUAGCUUGCUACGCACAGCGGCGUUACCAAGAUGACUUGCGUGAGCUACUCAACUGCUUUCGUACACUCUUCGACGUGAACCUGGCGGAGGGCGCAUCAGCGAGCGACGUUCAGCACCUGCGCCUGAUGGAGCGCGAAGGCAUCUGGCGUGAGCUUAUUGAGCAACUGCAAUUGCUUUGGACGCAUGACAGCAUUCGCUUCGCAUCGCUUGAACUUCUGGAGGGGCUCUGCCUCUUGACUCGCCAGUUGUUUCAUACCUGCGCCCGCUAUGAGGAGAUUUCCAAGUCUCAUCGCGCUCGUGAGAGCCGUGCUCGUGGUGGCUUGACCUCUUGGAUGGCUGCUACCAAUCCCGGCGAGGAGCAGCCCAUUCCCGGCAGCCUUUUCUUUGAUCAUCUCUUUGGCGAACGUCAAGCCGCACGCAGCAGAUUGCUUGGGGACAUGCCUGCAUCCGGUCUGGGUGCUCUGGCUGGCUUGAGAACACCAGCUGCACCGCCACCUCCCCCCGAGGUAGAGGUUGACGAAGAGUUGGUGCGUCACAUUCAGGAGAUGGGCUUUACGGCUUACCAGGCUCGCACAGCGCUGCGUCGUUCGCGCAACGACGUGUCUGCCGCCGUCAACAUUAUUUUUGAAGGCACAAUCCCACCGGAUGAUCCCCAGCCUAACCGAACCGCGUCGGCUUCGGCGACUGCACCCAGCACGAACGAAGCUUCCAGUGAAACAGGUGGCAAUGUGGGAGGGGGAGGAAGUGCUGCUGCGAAUACCGACCUCUCUGCCGACUCAGCACAAGCCACCGGGGCCCAGCCUGAGCCCGAGCAGCCUGAAGCCCAAGGCGAGGACGAAGACCAGGACGAGGAGGAUGAAGCUGCCAUGUUUGCGCGUGCAAUCGCCAUGUCCAUGCAAGGAGGUGGUGCAGAGGCAGGUUCAAGCGCUGACGAGGGCCCGAGCGACAGCGCAAAUUCUUCUGCGACCAAUGCUGCCGAUCAGAGUGCUCCUCGUGCCGAAGAAAAUGCCGCAUCGUCAAGUCAGAUGGAUACCGCCGCCGACAACGACGAUUCCAGCCCAUCUGUAUCUCGUCGUCUAUUGUCCAUGCCACGAGGUGGUGAUGACCCGGACCAAUCUUCUCGCGAGGAGCAGCGGGUUGCACAAGAAAAAGAGCAAAAAGUUCACGACGAACUCAAGGCUGCCAUGUCUUCCUUGGCUAAGGGCAAUUUCGAUACCAUGCUUGCGAUUAUCAGCGCGCAACCUGUCAUCAUCAACACGGUGGCAUCAUGGGUCAUGUAUCUCAUCUCGCAUGACUUGGAUGGGACCGGCGCCGAGCUUCGUCUUGAUUUGCAAAACAAGGUCAAGGCAUUGUUGGAUGAAGAGUUGGCUUCACUUCAAGGCGCUGCCUUUGAUUCUCUGGUAUACAGCAGCACGAGUCGCCAUCUCGACGUCAUGUUGCGCCUGUACCUUAUGGUGACUUCGGGCAAGAUUGAGGAUCUUGCCUCUUUGGCCGAGAAAGUUCUGGAUUUGAUCCACGCUUGCUCUGUGCCCAAGGAUCGAGUAGGUUGUCCGGUUUGGUUAGCCUCAGCUGUUCUCCUGCUGGAUCAACUCGAGCGCUUGCAGCGCACGGAUCAAGUGGUGGCUCUAGCACGCCGUCAAGCCGCUGCCGAUCACCGUCCUCACAUGUGGCAGUUUGCCCAUCAGCGCAACACCUGGCGCACUAUGUGGAGUGACUACAACGAAGCCUCACAAAUCAAAUUGGAACUGGCAUACAGCAACAUGGCAACGACGGUGGACCUCGAGGUUGAAGGGCGGCAAUAUGCCGUUGAUCUCAUGGCCAUGCAGCAGGUCAACAAAACCACGGGCUCUGGGCGUAGCGUGCGACGCAUACCCAUGCAAGAUGCUUCCCAGAAAGCCGCUGAUUACGUUUUACCGGAACUUGUGGGUCCCGCGGAUAUGGAACCUACAUCGCAGCCCGUCUGGUGCCAUGCAGCGCCCGUGGUCACUCAGCUGGCUUCCUGGCUCAGCUGCCAGCUGGACCAUCCCACUUCAGACGCUAUCCUACGCCUUUUGAUCCGUGUCACGCGCGAUGUUGAGCUGGCUCAAGCCUUGGUGGAGUCGCCCGGGUUUGCUGAGCUUCUUGAUAUCUCGCAAGGCCAAGUUUAUACUGGCUUUAGUGCUUCCUUGGCUCUCCUGCUGCGUCAUGCAGUCGAGGAGCCUCGGGCACUGACGGCACACUUUGCUGAGACUUUGGCCCAGUCGCAAGCCCUGCGUAACGGCGCCACAUCCAAUCUGGAACAGCUCCUGCGCAACUUCAAGCCUCAAGUGUUGCGUGACACACCAGCCUUUGUGGAAGCUUGCGCCCAUGUUCUGAAGUUAAAGGAGGCCACCACACAAGCGCAAAACGCCUCGGUGUGCCUGCGUGGCAACCCAGAACUUCUUUGGAAGGCUUGUGGCGAGUCCCCAGCGCAACAGGCCGUCUGUGAACGACUAUGUGUGGUGCUGGCUGCACGCUACGAUGACAUGCGCGAUUGGCACGAGAAGAGCCAGCUUCGCGAGAACCACGACGGAAGCCUCUUCCCCAUUCGAAAGCCCACCAGCGCCGAGACAGAGCUUGAAAUCGGCGCUCGCGCUUCUGCAGUCAAAGCCAUUUCUCUGCCAAAGGUGCUCUCUUAUAUUGCGGAGCUGGUGGGCACCUACAAGCACGUCGGGCAAACUUUGUUGCACUGCAAUGUGCCCCUCUCCUCGGGCUCGGUAUCUCUGAUUGCCUUUGUCAUCCGACACAUCAUUUUGCGCAAGAGUUUUGUCAAAGUUGAGCCUGGCACCGUGGGUGCCGAGGUGCACAGCGCCGCGAUUCAGCAGGCCAAAAACAUUUUGCACAAUUUGGUAGCCGCCGGUGAUGCAGCCGAGGAAGGUGUGGUGCGUGAAAUCUGUGAACAAUACCGAGCUAUGGACGCUUUGGCCGUUCAUAUGCCCGUCAUUGACCAGUGCGAGGCCCUGAACCUCUUGGUGACGGACAUUUGCAAGAACGUGGCACUCGCUGGCCGCCGGUUCGUGGCGGAAAAACUACCAGAAAUCAUUCUCGAGGCAGCCGUGCAACAAGAUUUGAACAAUCCCAAGAUGGAUUAUUUUGUCGAAUCCGUCGCAGUCGUGCUGGAGCAGUUGACGCGCCAUGCGCGCCCCGCCUGGGUGCAAGCUGCCAAGAUGGCUGAUCGAAAGGCACAAGGCGUGGCCACCGAGGAGGAUGAUUUUGCUUCACGUACCGUAUCAGACGCCUUCUCUGCUGCAAUGGAGUCCAUGAGUGCCAUGGAGCGAGGAGGGGCUAACGCUCGCGGUCGCGACGAUGCUGACUUGAUGGAUCAGUCGCAAGAUUACGGCCAUGAUCACGAGGACCACGAUGAGGAGCAAGACGAGCAUGGACAUGUAGAAGAGGAAGACGACGACGAUGAGCACGACGGGGAUGGUGCUGAUGAUGACGACAACGAUGAUGAUGAUGAUGAUGAUCAUCAUCAUCAUCACGACGACGACGACGGUGACAACGAUGAUGGCGAGGAUGGGCCAGAUGGCGAAGCCCAGGAUGAGUUCGAUGCCAUGCUGGUUCGGGGAAUUAUCGACGCUAUGAAUGCUCGUGAUGCCAACGGAGAGGAUGGCCCCAUGGCAAUGGAGGUGGAGGUGGAGAUUGCUGGCCCAGGGGACGCUGGAGCAGCCGGAUUUGGCGAAGGCUACUACGAGGAUGAGGACGGCGACGACGCGGAAGACGAUGACGAUGACGUUAUCGAUGAGCGCCACCACCAUCACCGUCGCCACCACCAUCAUGGGGAUGACGAUGAAGCCGACGAUAUGCAGCCUGCGGAUGAUGACGUGCUGGACGACGGGGCAGUGGAGGUUGAGAUCUACGAGGGCGCUUCUGAGGACGGUGGUGAGGGCGAGCAAGGCUUUGAUGACAUGGACUUUGAUGAAGAUGAGGAUGAAGAUGAUUUAGAGGAUGAGAUGUACUUCCGGAGUGGCAUGGAGGAGGAGUCCUAUUACGAGGACGAAGAAUUCGAUGACUUUGUCAACUUGCACGCCGAUGAUGCGGAGUUGCAAAGCGAAGCAUCUAACGACGAAGAACCAGCUCUGGACUUUGAGGACGCACAUGCUCUUCGAGACCCUUGGCAUCGGUCCGAGCUCAACCUUGGUAUGGGAAGUGGCCUUCAUCGUCGCAACGCCCAGCGCCGCCGAGGGCAUCCUCUGGACGUCCGACGUGAACAAACGACCAACGCCAGCGCCGAAGCCGAAUUGCCAGCCAUGCAUUCCAUGUUGGCAAUGUCCAUUAACCGUGGGGGUGGCGCCAUGGCAGAAGCCACAAGCAACCGCGCGCGUGGCGGAGCCCGUCGUGAUGAGCGCGCGUUGGCAGCCGUCCAGGAGCUGCUUCGCAGUGGCCAGCUGGAUGGUCUACGUCGCACCAACCGCGCCGCCGACGUGCACAUCUACGAUGGCAACAAUGAGCCCAUGAUUGCGCGCGUGACCGAUGGAGGUCUCAAUGUGGAGAUUCGAGACCCCAACUCUUCACAACGCCCUGUGGUACAGCGACCCACGCCCGAGCAACGACUCAAGACAGAGAUGGACGUCAUCGAGGGUCCAGUGGGCCCUUCUCUUCAGUAUGCAUGCUUGCAAGUUUUUGUGCGCUUGACGAAACGGUUUCGUGAAGAUCAGGCGAAAGCCUCGGCUGAGCGCGAGGCCAAAGCCAAGAUUGAACGUGAAGCCAAAGCCGCGCAGGACAAGGCUGCCAAGGAGGAACCACGCGACGCUGCUCAGGAGACUGAAGCCACGUCAUCAGCCACUACAAACGGUGAAGGCGCGGCUCCAACCGAAACCGCGCCUUUGACCGAGGUUGGAGAAUCUGAGCCUGCUUCUGUUUCUCCGUCAGGGCAAGACCAAGAAGGCGUGCGCGUUUCUCGUGCCGAGCCAGAGCCUUCAACUGUGGGCAGCGAGGAAACGGCAAGUGCACCGGAUGAUGCCACCGCGAGCGUGGCCGGCACUGCUGUUGCUUCAGCAACAGGUGCAUCCGCGGCCCCGGUGGACAGCUCAGCAGCCGUUCCACCUGGUGCGGCAUCUGGAGAUCCGCCACUCGAAUACGAAAAUGAGCUAUUGUCCUUGCUGCCCGAGGACAUUCGUCAAGAGGUACUCCAGGCGCAGGCCAUGGUGCGAGAAAUGCCGCAACUGCCUGUUGAGACGCUGAACUGCUGUAAUCCAGAGUUUUUGGCGGCUCUGCCGCCAGACCUCCAGCGUGAGGUUCUGGCACAAGAGCGCCAAGCACUGGAGCGUAUGCGCCGCGAGCAACAGGCUAACGAAGGUGGCAACGAAGCAGCUGCAGGCUCGGAGCACAGUGGACCCGCUGAAAUGGACAUGGCCUCGAUGAUUGCGUCCCUGGAUGACAAUUUGCGGCGCGAGGUGUUGCUUGAACAUUCAAACGACGAAGCAUUCUUAUCUCAAUUGCCGCCCGCCCUUGCCCAAGAGGCGGCUUCCUUAAUUAACGCACGGGAACAGCAUCAAGCGCGGCAUCGAACUUCAGCGCGACCACUCCCGCGUGAAACUAAUCGGGGUGAACCUCAUGAUCAUCUGAGAGAUCACCGUGAAGAGUCCAGGCACUCGGCAAUGCGUCAAUCUGCCAAGGAUCGCCUGCCAAAAGACGGCGUGGCGGUCUUGGAUACCGAGUCCAUUGACAAGCUGCUCUAUUUGCUGAUCGUACCGGCAGCUUACAAUGAGACCUACCUGGCUCGGACCUUUGCGAAUUUGUGCAGCCAUUCCAAGACGCGGUACCAAGUCCUGAUCUCAUUGUUUGCCAUUUGUGAUGCUCUCGUGUCAGAUGUAGAAGCUGAAACGGGCCGCGUAGAAGAGGCCAAUCCAACGCUCAAGCUGUUUGUGGUGCGCCAGAAUGGCAAGGCGCGUUUUGCUGCCGGCGUUCACGUCGUCAUGCGAGCCCUAAACAUUCUCAACUUUGUCGUUCGACACUGCCCACCGGCCGUGGAUAUGAUUUUGGGCACGACCCUCUCGCGAUCUCUGGCCGUUCCUGAGGGCUGCCAGUUGUGGAACUCCCUGUUUGCCUUUGCCACUCGGCACGGCGAGCCCUCUGCGGCCUUGAGCCGCUUGCUGCAAGAUCACCGUUCGCGACGGCGCCGUGGGCGCGUGAGCACCUCGGGAGCACGCCCUGCACUAAGGAUCCUGUUGGACACGAGCAAGGCGCCUGUGGAGACGCUGCGGAGUAUGUGUUACCAGGUGAUCCGGUUGCUAAGUCACGUUUUGUCUGCAUUACCAGAUGCUGAGGCCCGCGCCAAACACGAGCAUAGCGUCCUUCAGUGGCGUGAAAAAUACCCCGACGAAGCUGCGAGCGUGGAUGAAGAAACCACUCCGACACGCACGCGGUCAGUCAAGCGUCGCCCCCACCAGCCUCCGCCUAUUGCGCCUCCGAUGGCGGCGACCGAGACAGAUAUUGAUAGCCUUUUUGAGCUGAUUUGCCAAAGCGCCACCUUCAACGUUUCGGCUUCGCGCGACCACAAGAUGGUCACGCCACUGCUGUACAACGCGGAGAACCACCAGCUGGUCAUUGAUGCUCUGCAUCGAUAUCUUGACAUUUGGAAGGAUGCCGUAAAUGAUGACAUUGGCAAGCUCGAAGCGAUUGUCUCUUUGCAUGAGCAGACGCCGCCACGUGGGCGCCCGCAGCCAUUGCAGAUGGGGCCCCAGCGGCUUGAGGAUUCACCCGCUUUGCGCAAGCACUUGCAGGACAUGACUGCACCGGGUGCGGCACAGCGGAUUUUGUUGCGCUUGUUGCGACUUGUCAACUUUCUCAACGACAAGGAACUUUUGCUUUGCAAGAGCAUGGAGACGCCCAAGGCCACCGAGCCGGAAACCAAAGAGGCUGCGGCGGGCAACAGCGCUCCCGUGGAGCCGCCGACCGAUUCGACCGUCCCCGAAACUCCCACAAGUACGCCGGCACGCGGAGCAUCAACAGGUGCUUCCACAUCCAAUGCAGCCACUGCAUCGCACGGAGAUGACGCAGGUGAGACCGAGGCUCAAGGCGACCAACCCGCCGAAUCCGCGCACCAACCCGGGGAUGACCAAGCAGAGAAGGACAAAACAACGGCCAAGUCAUCAACUGUACCAAGCACGGCCGAUUUGAUUUCCAAGUAUCGACCACCACGUUCAGUGAUUGAGUUGGAUCUCGAUCAGCUUUGGACCACUGUGGGCCACUGUCUCAUGUCUUUCAACAAGUACGACGACAGCAUUCAGAUUCUGAGCACCUUGCAGCCUCUUAUCGAGGCCUUUUUGUUUUGUCAUCAAGAUGUUGUAGCAGCGGCGCGGCUAGCCGCACCGCCUUCAGCCAACUCCGUGGCUGGGGCUGGUGACAAGAACGGGUCUGGAAGCCGCACCAGCUCGGCCCCCUCCACGCCG